AUGCGAACCGAGCUCAAGAAGGAUAAGUAUCAACGCCACAUCGUGGAGUAUUGGGUCGACGUGAAAACCAGCGGAAGCCUAUCCAAGACGAGCCGUGAAGAGUUCAACCAAACUGUGGAAAUCGUGGACGACAACCUCCAGCUGCCUCCGCCUCAGUUGGGAAACGAGGCCCUUCCCUGCUACGACGAAGAGGACGACGAGGACGAUGAUGAUGAUGAUGAGGAGGAGGAUGGUACCGAGCCACGGGACAAGACUUCGAGCGUGACACCCAAGCUGAAACGAAAGCGUCGAGGAAAGACCCCCAGUCCCAAAUCCAAGCUCGCUGCGAAGAAGAAGCGAGAGAAAGCGGAAGAAGUGGAGAGUGCUCUGGAGGCUUGCUACAGUCUGUUACUGAUUCCAUUUACAACACCCCAAACAAGCCCUGAACCUUAA